AUUAGGCAGGAGAUUAAUAAAAAAUCUAAUUACACAGCUUGCAAAACGAGCUCCAUGCCGACCGUCAUCAUCUUCGAAAAUGCCAAUUAAAACCUCAAAACCAAAAUUCUCUCUCUUAAAAACAGCGGAGAAAGAGAGCAAGAAAUUUAUCACAAAAGUACCAGCGGCUUGAUGUUGCCUAGCUGCUGAUUCUAAUUAUUCUUCGAUUCCAUCUCCUUAAUUUCCCUUUGAUUUUUCUGCUCGAAAAUGGCAGAUCUGUACGGAUUUGAGAAAUCUCCACAUUCUUUAACCAGUUUGUCCAGAAUUCUGCUUCGUCAUCUUCGUGCACGCAUUUGAGGAAUAGGUACGUUCAGUUGCUGUCCUCUUCAGUGCUGGAUUCUUUACUGGAAGCAACUAAUUCUAGUUCUAGAGUGGCGGAUCGGCGAGUUGGGCUGAGAUAGAGCUCCAAAUGAGAGACGGGAGUUCCGAUUUCAAUUUCUCGGAUCCUGAAUCGUAUUUUGGGGCUGACGUCAAAAAUAGUGCCGGCGACAAUUUUAAAGGAGAUCUACUGUGGCACUGGUGCAGCUCCCGUUGGGAGACUCACCCACCAUUUUCAGUAAAGGUGCUAAUGAGGUGUAACGCCCCAGAACCCGAAUCCGAGGCGCGACAGACGCCGUGCACUCGUGAGACGGGUCCCACAGAUGCACAAGGCUCGGAACUUACUGAACAAAAUCAUUUUUGAUACCAUAAAAUUCCCAAUUAAAAUCUAACUUACAAGAGCGUGGUGUACAUGUAUCUAAAAUCUAUGUCAAAUCCCAAGUGGCUAGCCUUUUAUCACGUCACUCCCCUUGAUUUCCGAGUCUCGGGGUACACUACCUGAAAUGGUGGACGAGAAAAACGAGGUGAGAUAACUCAGUAAGUAAAAUAUGGAUUGCCCU